AUGGAUUUUGAUACUGAAAAUGAGAAACCAAUUUCACCUUCUAAUAAGGACGAAAGUAAUUGCAUGGAUGAUAGUAAGCAUGAUGAUAUGAACUAUCAUGGUAUAAAUCAUUUAGGUGAUUCAGUUGAUUUCAAUUUUGAGAAUAUCAAUGAGGAUGCGGUUAGACAACUAGUAUUCGAAAGUCUUGAUGAUGCAGAGAAAUUUUACACAUUGUAUGCCGGUGUAGUUGGUUUUGGCAUUAGGAAACAAGGUGUAAAACGUAAAACCGCGGAUGACAUCAUAAAGUACAGGGAAUGGGUGUGCGCAUGCGAGGGAUUCCGCAGACGACCGAAAGCUGACUAUACUAGGAAACGAGAGGCAAAAGUUGUGACCAGGUGUGGUUGUAUAGCAUGCUUUCGUGUUGCACAUGACCGUUUUUCAGGGCACUAUUCAGUGACAAAGUUUGAGCGUCAACAUAAUCACGAUUUACGAGGUUACAAGAAAAGGUACAUUUCAAUGCCCGACAAGUGUAUGCUGAAUUUAAUUACAGAUGCCGGAUUUAGGCCGUGUCAAGCUAUGGAUUUGUUGGAGCAACUUGCUGGAGGUGUUGGAAAAAUGUCUUUCACAAGAAAGGAUGGUUACAAUUGGUUGAACAGUAUGCGAUUAAAAAGAAUCGAAGGCGGUGAUGUGAAUACGUCAUUAGCUAUAUUUGAAAGCAUGAAGAUAAAGGAUAGUGAGUUUUUUUACAAAUACACAGUGAAUGACCAAGGGGCACUUUCAAAACUCUUUUGGUGCGAUGGAGCUUCCAGGGCUGAGUAUGAAAUAUUUGGCGAUGUCUUAAUAUUCGAUAGUACAUAUAAGACAAACAAGUAUUUUUAUCCUCUGGUUAUUUUUUCUGGUACCAACAACCACGGUUCAACGUUUAUUUUUGGUGCAUCUUUUAUGUACAACGAGACAAUUGAAUCAUAUCGAUGGUUGUUGCAAGCAUUUCUUGAGGCAAUGAAUGGCAAAGUUCCGGGUUCUGUGUUAACAGAUCAGGACUCAUCUAUGGUAGCAGCAAUUUCAUCAGAAUUUCCUGGAGCGAAACAUAGGCUUUGUAGUUGGCAUCUUGGGAGAAAUGUUCGACAAAAUAUAAAAGUGGCAGAUUUUUGUUCUGAUUUUAUGAGAUUAUUGAAAGAACCGUGCUCCAUUGAUGAGUUUGAGAUAAGCUGGCUUAACAUGGUUGAGAUGUAUGAGGUAGCAGAAAAGCCAUGGGUUAUUGACAUGUACAAGAAAAAAAAGAUGUGGGCAGAGGCAUAUUUUCGUGGACAUUUUAUGGCCAUGGCAUGUACAACUCAGAGGGCUGAAUCUAUGAACUCAUUGAUCAAGCUUGCGGUCACUCAAAUGAUGAGUUUUGCCGAGUUUGUAAAUCAAUUUGAACGCAAAAUACAAGGGUUAAGAAGUUCUUUCCUUAGUCAGCAAAACGAUUUAGAAAAAUUCAAGCCUGCUGUCAGAGAGAGUCCUCUUCAAGGGCUUGAGAAACAUGCUGCUAGUAUAUGCACGAAACAAAUUUUCUAUAUGAUACGUGAAGAGAUUGAAGCAGAGCAAGGUCUUUUGUCCACAAGAUACGAUCUGGUCGAAGUGAUCGAAGCAACCUCAUCUCCGUGCGCGGGUUAUAUUUUGUAUAUGACGUUUACGGCCAAGAUUGACGGUGUCGAAAAAGCCAAUACUUUCAGUACAAAUAUUUACUACGGAAUCGGUGCAACUGAAGUACAGUCGGUUCAAAUUGUCACUACUUAG